AUGCAUACAAAACAAAAAAUUCGAUCACAGUCUGACCAAAAUACUCCAUUAAAUUCAAAUCAUGGUCAAUUAUUUUUAUCAUUGUUCAAUAAUAAACAGUCAACAAAAUACACACAAUUUACUAAUAAUAAUAACUAUUAUUCAAAACAUUGGUAUACGAAUGGAACUUGGAAUAUGCUAAAAAGAAGAUUUUCUAGUAUACUUUAUUACAUCGAUAGUAAUAGAUGGAGAUAUUUGCCAAUACUUGGUAUAAUAUUUGUCAUAUUCUUAAUUAUUAAUGGAACUCCAUCAAUGGAGAAUGUACAACAGCAAACAGGACCGGAGCAUUAUGCUGAUAAAAAAAUUUAUAUGCCGGUCAAAUAUCUUGGAAUUGAUCCGAAUAUAACAUCAGAAUUACCACCUGGAAUCACGAUUUAUCAUGUAUCUAAAGAAUUUGAUUUUGCUACAGAAGGAUACCUGGGUAAAAUAGUCACCGGUCUUGUAAAAGCACAAGCUGCUAAUACUUCAAUGAGUGUCAACAUAAUUAUACCAUAUUAUUCCUUUUUAAAACAAAAAUAUCAAGCCACAAAAUAUGUUCAACUAGGAAUUAAAAUUCGUGAUGCCGAUGGUCAAUGGAAAUAUGCCCGUUUUUUAACUUCUAAAUUCGUGUUAAAAACUUCUUCACUUGGGAAUAUUAAUGUUUUUAUGAUCGGAUCUACAAAAAAUUUGCCACCAUUCAAUCAAGCAUUCAAAAUAAAUUUUGCUGAUAAAUUAUAUACUCCAAAAAAAUCAUUUUCUUUAGAAUGGAGGGAUUUAUAUUUUUGUAAAGCUGCUGCUGAAUUCAUUACUUAUAGGAAUACCAUGAUUGAUACUCCCCUUUUUUCCAAUCGAGAUAGUCGUGGUGUAGAUGUUGUACAUAUACAUGGUACAACAAAUGCUAUGGUCAUUGAAUUUUUAAAAAAUACCCAGAUAAAUUUUAAAAGAAAGGAUCCAACAAUAGUUUAUACAUUACACAAUUACUAUGAUGACCAUCUUCAUUCAUAUGAUCUUAAAGACGUAGAUAAGUUCUUGGAUGCAAAAAGUAUGGAUCAAUAUGAGUAUGAAAAUUCACAAUAUAUUCGUGAUAAUAGGUUAUUUGUUUCUUCGCUUGCUGUUGAUAAAUCACAGAUGGUUACAUUUAUGUCAGAAGAGAUAGCUCGUGAAAUGGUAGAAGGUCCAUUGGAUUUCGAUUUUAAAGAACUUGUUUUACCAAAUAUUAUUAACAAGGCAAGCAUAGGACGUUGGAUUGGUAUAUCAUAUGGAUUUGAUGUCACAGAACCCAAUCCUUUUAAAAAUCGAAUUCUUGAAGAAAGCAAUGCGAUUUUUCCAGAAAAUCUUUAUACUUUAGACCCAUCAGAUAUAUAUGAUAAUAUCGUAAAUAUUUCUCCAAAAGAUUUGAUAGUUGUGUCAAAACUCAAUGCUAAGAAAUAUUUGAUUCAAGAAGGACUACUGAGUGAAGAAGAUCUUGAACGCCCAUUGGUGUUAUUCGUUGGAAAAUUUGAAGUCACAGGAUUUCAAUUUUUUCUGGAAGCAACAAGUACUUUGGCAGCUUUAAAUGCUAAAUUUGUAAUAAUGGGGCAAAGAAAUAAUUAUCCUGUUUUAAAAUUAAAAAAAAUGAUAGAAGACUAUUCUGACCACUUGAUUAUUAUUUAUGAACCCGAAGUUCGUGAACAAUGGGAUGUUCAUCUUUAUGCGGCAGCUGAUAUUCAAUAUGUACCGGACCUAUCAGAAGAUUUUGGGUUAGUUGCUGCAGAAGGUUUGUUAUUUGGUACACCGGUGGUUAGUUCUGAUAUCUAUAUUGGGGAUUUAAGUGAAAUUUUGAUAAAUAAAACAAUUGAUACAACAAAUUAUUAUAAUUCUUAUCUUUUUGAGUUAGAUGAAGAAUUUAUUGAUUCAUCAGUUAUAGGGUUGAAAUAUGCACUAACUGAUGCUGUUUAUGAUUGGAGAAAAAUGUCAAUGAAUCUUGUAGAACGUGAAUUAUUUGUUAGAAGAUUAAUCAAGGAUGCUUUAAAAUUAGAUUGGCGUAGAAUUGGUGGUCCAAUAGAGCAAUAUAAAAAAGUUUAUAAAAUGGCAAUUUUACAACUAACUUUACAUUCUUGUGCUUUGGUAAAUCGCGUUUUGGUAACUCACGCUGUGAUGUUAUUAUGGUCAGACCCUUUUGACGAAAAUUUAAACACGCGACAAGUUAUCGCUCUUGUCAAUACUUUGGUGAGUUGCCUCCCAAAUGUAUCGAAACCGCAUCUUAUCCGUUACGGAAUUAUUUUGCCAACUACUCCCCAACCACAUUUCAAUUACCCGUCCUUUAUAAAAGUACUCAAGUUGGAUCAGUUGAGUCGAGGUAUAGCACGUUGGAUAACAAGAUAUGCGACUGUUGAAGUUAAUGCACCGUUUCCUGGUGAUCCAUUGAUAGUAUUUUGUACUCAUUUGUCGGCUGAAAUUCUUCGAGUAAUUUUCGUCAACUGCUUUCUAAAUAAAAUCGCGAUCAAAGAUUCUCCGUGGAUCAGUGUUCUUCAAGAUAUAACACCGUGGGCUUAUGUUCGGUGUGUUCAACGGAUCAGUGAACUCCAUAUCGCACGAGUGGAUUAUAAUUCACGUAUAACAAAUAUAAUUGAUCUACAUAAUCUUUCGUAUCUUAUAAAGAUUUGGGCGUCACGCUGUCAUGAAAUAAGAUCUUUAUAUAUUCGUGUGGGUGAAGAAUCACAGUUAUUUCAUGAUUUUUUACCAAAAUUAGUAAAAGCUCAGGAUCAACUUAUCAGAGUUCAUUUUUCUACCGGAAAUAAUGCACUGCUAAUCGAUAAACUCUUGACCGCCCUUCAAGAUAAUACUUCUUUGGAAGAGAUGGAAAUAUUUCACACGAACCUCACCAACACCUUCUUUAGUACUUUAUCCACUUGCAAAAUGUUAAAAAAACUUAUGCUUAUUGGUUGUAAACAACACGAUCAACCAUUUAAUAUGGAACUGAAUUCCCUACCGAUUAUACAAAUUUUUUGCAAAAACAACGUUAUUCAUCCUGAAAAUAUACAUUUAGUUUUUUCCGCCGCGAGUUCUACGUUGACUACUUUAAUAUUGGACACUGCACCAUUAGAUAUAUUAUCAACGAUAUCUCCACGUUGUCGUCAACUUCGUCAUCUUGUUUUAGGAAUCAAUUCAGAACCUUAUGAUUCACUUGAAUUAUUGCAAGAUCUUCAAAAUUUAGAAUAUUUAGCAUUUUGUCAUGUAUCAAAGAGAUUUGUUACAUCUUAUCACGAAGACUUUUACGCACGAUUAGGUCCAUCGCUUCCGAUAUUCUUGCAACAUUUACAUACCGAAUACAUGGCCACCCCGGAUGACGUCAGGAUAUUUCUCAAUGGAUGUAUUGCUCCAAUAGCGAUACUUGGGUUAAAUCAACCAUGUGGAAUUAGUAGAUUUCAUCUCGUAGCUGCAUGUGAAUUUGUUCGAAGAAAAAAAUUUCCAUUAAAAAAAUUACAAUACGACGGAAGUAAUAAAGAUUACAUUAUAAAAAGUUCUAAUUUGCCAUCAGCUUUGCUGGAUUUUCUUAAAGAAUUUUUGACAUUUGAGGUGGAGGCAUUGCAUCAUCCUUUCGAUGCUGAUCGUUGGCCUUAUCCAAGAUCUUAUGAUGAUGACUGA